AUGCCGCCCUUUGUAAGGGUGCUUCCUCCGGCCGCAAGAGCCCUCCGCUCCGUCUCGAACCCUCUCCUUCGACCAUUCCUACAACCAUCUUCCUACCCACGCCAUCGGCAACUGUCUAUAUCCCGCUCCCUAGCCGUUGCUAAACGGAAUGCCGACUUCAACUCCGGAUUCUCCGGCACCUAUGAUCCCUCAAUCGAUUCCGGGCGGGGGCCCAUGUUCAACAAGACCAGCUUCGGCGUCCCCCAUUUCUAUCCGCGCGACCUGAAGAAACGGGUGGACGACUACGUCGUUGGCCAGGACCGGGCCAAGAAGACCAUAUGUUCCACCAUCUUCAACCAUUACCAGAACCUCCGCCGCCGACAUCAGCAUGAACAUGAGGACCGGAAUAGGCGCGAUAAGGCGAUGCGUCAGAGGUUUGCUCGAGACAGAGAGUUGCAUCAGAAGCGCCACGAGAUGCACCCGGUCGAAGGUCAGCGCGUGCCUGGUUGUGUCCCCGCGCAAUACGCCACUAAUGAUCUCCAAGACGAGUUCCCGGGCCAUAAUGAGUCCGUUCGCCAGCUCCAUGAUAACAAUGGACUUGAAGAAGAUGCUCUCGAUCUUCUUUACCACCCCGACGACCCUUCCACGACCGAACACGUCAAAAUUGACAAGAGUAAUUUGUUGUUGAUAGGACCAACUGGUGUUGGCAAGACUUAUAUCCUAGAAACAUUGAGCAAGAAGAUCAAGGUCCCCUUCUCGAUCUGCGAUUGCAACUCGUUCACCCAAGCCGGCUACAUCGGACAAGACGUCGAGACAUGCAUCGAGCGGCUCCUAAUCGAAUCGAACUACGAUAUAAAGGCUACCGAACAUGGGAUCGUUGUUUUGGACGAGUUUGAUAAAAUUGCGAGGCGAGAGUCCAGCACUGGCCGAGAUGUGGGUGGUGAAGGUGUACAGCAGGCUCUCCUGAAGCUUGUGGAAGGAACUAAAGUCACCAUCAAUGUCAAAGACAAUCGCUCAUCCCGGUCAACACCGCCCAUCACAACAAACUAUAACUCGACGGGGUCGUCUUCUUCCUCGCCUCAAACUGCCCCGCCAAGUGGCAAGGUUGACCAGUACACAAUCGACACAACCAACAUUCUGUUCGUAUUUUGUGGCGCCUUCGUCGGACUGGACAAGGCCAUUCUUAGACGGGUGGCUCGACCAUCCAUGGGUUUCGGGGGCGAACUCCGCGGCCGUUCCACUAUGUCUGGCAGCAAGCAGGUUCUUCCACCAAACUCAUAUACCCAUCUCCCGCACCAUAACGCCGACUCCGCAUCCUCCUUCACACCGUUAGACCUCACCACUACGUCAGACCUCCAAGCUUUCGGCUUCAUCCCGGAGUUGAUUGGACGACUGCAUAAUAUCUGCGCCCUCAGCCCACUCUCCAAAGACGACCUCUUCCGCAUCUUGACCGAGCCUCGCAACAGUCUUGUUGCUCAGUACACGGCCCUCUUUGAGACAUACCCCUCUCGUCUGUACUUUACUGAGAAGGCAUUGUAUGCCAUUGCGGAAAGGGCUGCUACCUCGGAGACGGGUGCCCGAGGAUUGAAGAUGGAGAUGGAACGGGUUCUGGCCGAGCCCAUGUUUGAUGCACCAAUGACGUAUGUGCUCAUUACCGAGGCGUGUGUAAAGGGAACAGAGAAGGCUGCGUACUGGGGCAAAGACGGCCGCUUUGAACUGGAUAGGCGGAUGGAAGAGGAGGAGUUGAACCCGCCAAAGACGGAGCAAUCCGAAACGUUUGAACGAUACAGGGAAGCUGAGCAGAGUGGUGGUUGA